AUGAUCACCUACGCGCUCAUCCUCAUCGUCAAGCGUCUAGCCAAGUCCAUCAAGAACAUGGGUCUCUUCGACUUUAUCUACUCCACCGGCGGCAAGCUCGAGGCAGUCCCCGAGCCCAUCGGCGUCCACCCGCAGAUGUGCAAGAGCCAGCUGACCACUCUGGUCCUGAAGGAGUCACUCUUCUCCAUCAGCGGUGACGAUUUCUCGAUCACCGAUGCGACCACCCAGCAGCCCGUGCUCAAGUGUUCCGGCAGCAUGCUGUCGCUGCACGACCGCAAGAGUCAGCUUCUAGCCCUGUCAUCUCCAUGGUCGGCAACCUCGACAACGGCAAGGAGGGCUUUGAGGUCCACAUCCGCCGUGGCACUCGCGGCGACCUUCAUCAGCAUCGGCGGUGAGCGCAAGACCCUGCACCUGGACGGCGACAUGUGGGGCCGCACCGCGAAGCUCAAGCUCGACGACGGCACCUCGCUCGGCCACAUUGCGCGCGAGCUCGUCAACGUCACCGACUUUGCGGCGGACAAGCAGACGUACUGCCUCACCGUCGCGCCCAACGUCGACAUUAGUCUGAUGGCCGCGAUCUGCGUCUGCUUCGACGAGAUUAAGAACGACGCCGACGACGACGAGGAGAAGAAGAAGGACGACGACUAG